ACAUUACCGACAGGUACCCACAAUCCCCUUGACAUUAAUUGACGCCAUUUUGAACGUUUUGUGAGUUGUGUUAAAAACAAACCAAACAUUUGAGUUAAUUGACCCAAAUUGUGCUUAAUUUUUGUAAAAUUUGACCUAAUUGUGCUACUGUUCCACAAUGGGGGAGGAAAAAGACGGUAAAAACAACGAGCGGGAGCGGAGCCGGGAGCGCGGGGACCGCGAAAAGGACCGCCGACGGCGCUCCCGCUCCCGGGAGCACCGCCGGAGGUCGCGCUCCAGGUCCCGGGACCGCCGCCGGAAAAGCCGCUCAACGAGUCGCCAUAAGAGCCACUCGCGGAGGCGCAAGCCCUCGCUGUACUGGGACGUGCCCCCGCCCGGGUUCGAGCACAUCACCCCCUUGCAGUACAAAGCCAUGCAGGCCGCGGGGCAGAUCCCGGCCAACAUCGUGGCGGAUACGCCCCAAGCGGCUGUGCCUGUCGUCGGGUCGACUAUUACGAGACAGGCGAGGCGGCUGUAUGUGGGGAAUAUCCCCUUCGGGGUCACUGAGGAGGAGAUGAUGGAGUUCUUCAACCAGCAAAUGCAUCUCAGUGGCUUGGCGCAAGCUGCAGGGAAUCCGGUGCUGGCGUGCCAGAUUAAUUUGGACAAGAAUUUCGCCUUUUUGGAGUUUAGGUCGAUUGAUGAGACGACGCAAGCGAUGGCUUUUGAUGGGAUUAAUUUCAAAGGUCAGAGUUUGAAAAUUCGGCGUCCGCAUGACUACCAACCAAUGCCAGGUAUGGCCGAAAGUAGUAUUAGUGUUCCAGCGGGGGUUAUAAGUACAGUCGUGCCGGAUUCGCCCCACAAGAUUUUUAUCGGUGGUUUGCCGAAUUAUUUAAACGAAGAUCAGGUGAAAGAACUUUUGAUGUCGUUCGGACAAUUACGGGCCUUUAAUCUCGUCAAGGACACGGCGUUUGGCUUGAGCAAAGGCUACGCCUUUGCCGAAUAUAUCGAUAUUACAAUGACAGAUCAGGCCAUCGCUGGAUUAAACGGGAUGCAAUUGGGCGAUAAACGUUUGAUAGUACAGAGGGCUAGCGUGGGGGCUAAAAACGCAACCGUCAUACCUGCGGUACAGAUACAAGUACCGGGUCUCAGUCUCGUGGGGGCUUCAGGGCCGCCAACUGAAGUUUUAUGUUUGUUGAAUAUGGUCACUCCCGAUGAGCUUAAAGACGAGGAAGAAUACGAAGAUAUUCUCGAAGAUAUCAAAGAAGAGUGUAAUAAAUACGGCGUCGUUCGGAGCAUAGAAAUACCCCGGCCGAUAGAUGGCGUCGAAGUUCCGGGAUGUGGAAAAGUUUUUGUCGAAUUUAAUUCGGUUCUGGACUGCCAAAAGGCACAACAGACUCUCACUGGUCGUAAGUUCAGUAAUAGAGUCGUCGUGACGUCGUAUUUCGAUCCGGAUAAGUAUCAUAGAAGAGAAUUUUAAUUUUAAUUAAGGAAAAAAUGUUUGACGUAUGUGUUCUGGUGAAUAAAAAAAUAAGUAGGA